AAAAUGCAAGCUAAGUCAAUGGCUUCUUCUAACUAACAACCCUCCAUUAAAUUCUCAUUACUCAUCUAUUCUCUCUCUUUUCAUCAUCUUCGUCCCCCAAUCCACCAUAGCUUCAAUCCUCUGUAAGCUCCAUUCUCACCUGCUCAUCUCUCGUUUCCUUCCGACAUAUCCGAAUUUAAUAUAUACACAACACAAUCCCAAUCAGUUUGAAUUUCUUUGAUUUAAAUGGGUUGCUCUGCUUCUCGUUCUUCUCCACCAUUUCACUUCACCACCACCACCAUCACCACCACCGCCGCCUCCGCAUUCGCCGAUCACCAACACCCACCGUCAAAUUCCUCCACCUCUUCACCUUCCCCUCACCAUUUCUAUUCCCCAUUCUCAGAUCACUAUUACAACUCAUCUUCAACACAAACCCCUGUUUCGCGAACCAUGUCUCUACCCACUCCUCUAAUCCAUCAUCCUCCCCUCCGAAAAGGCGAUUCAAAUCACUUCGUCUCCCUCACUUCCACCACAUACGGCUCCCUCAUCCUCAUCGACAACAACACCACCACCACCACCACCGACAAUAAUAGAACCCUAGAAGAACACCCGGCUUCGUCUCCAGACUCCGUGAUUAACACCUGGGAGCUCAUGGAAGGUUUAGAUGAUGAAUUUGAUAUGAUUAACGAUAAUCCGAAGCAACCCAAUUCUUACUUUGGAAAAUUAAGUAACGUAUCGAAGGAAAAAACCUAUGUUUCUUUCGGGUUAGGUGGUCCGUACGAAUUGGUGGAGCAUUCGGAGCCUAAGCCUUUGUGGAAGCAUUUAUCUGAAGAAUCACUGCUAUCGAAAAUGGAUUCCAAUUUGGUUUCUAGUUACAACAAAGCAUUGUCUUCUAGAGUUCUUGGUUGCAAAGAAUCGAAAUUAGCAAGUCAUUCCGUUACAGAAAUCACAGAUACAAAAGGGGGUUGUGUUCUAUCUGGUUGUGAAGAUAGAAUUGUAUUGUACUACACAAGUUUGAGAGGAAUCCGAAAAACUUACGAAGAUUGCUGUGAGAUUCGAAUGAUUUUAAAAGGGUUUCGAGUCUUCAUCGAUGAAAGGGACAUUUCAAUGGAUUCCGCUUACAAAGAGGAACUACAAGGUGUUUUUGAAGGUAAAGGAUUCACUCUGCCACAACUGUUCAUCAGGGGUAAACAUAUCGGUGGUGCAGAUGAGAUCAAACGGCUUCACGAGGAAGGAAGUAUGUUUAAGUUUAUGAAGGGUUUUCCUAUUAUUGAUCCUGGGUUUGUUUGCGAUAAUUGUGGGGAUGCAAGAUUUCUGCCAUGCCCAAAUUGCAAUGGCAGCAGGAAGGUUUUUGAGGAAGAAGAAGGGAGAUCGAUUAGGUGCCCUAAUUGCAACGAAAAUGGAUUGAUCAGGUGUGCAAUUUGUUGUUCUUGAUUAAUUGAUGAAUCACAAUCACAAUCACACGUACAUACUAAGUUUCUUAUAGUAAUCGUUAGUAGUCAUUCUGGAUGACGAUGAUGAAAUCAUUGGUGGUGUAAUUGGUAUUUAAGCUCUUUGAAACUUGUUCAUCUUCAGGUAAUAAGAAGAUUAAUAUCUAUUUAUUCCCA